AUGGGUGAGCUUGUAAAUGCUGCAAGAACAUUAGGUGAAACAGGAAAUUUUGUAGAUGGUUUUAAAAGACUUGUUUCAAAUGUUUUAACAAACACAAAGAAAUUAUUUAGAUAUACCGUACAUAACGGACGGAUUUUCGAACAGAUAGCAACAAACCCUCCGGUUAUGGCUGCGUUGAUGAUGGUUAGAGAUAUAAAACCACGUAACGACGGGAACGAAGAACAUGAACAACAGGAUACUGGUCGGGUUAUUCGAGACAUUAAAAACGUGUAUCCUGAAGUUAUUGAUUUAUUUAGAGGAGUUAAUGAUUCAAUUUCAAAACAUUCUAUAACCCUCGAUGAAGAGAAUAAAUUAACAGAUUAUAUAUUCGUCAUUAUUGCAGAAUUAAUGAAGAGAAUAAAUGAAAAAGGAAUUGGUGAUAUCAUUAAUGUCAGCGAUGUAAUAAUGAAAAGAAAUUUUGACUCAUUAUUUACAAAACCGAAAACAGAAUAUAGUCUUUAUGACGUAAUUACCGAAUUAAUGAAAAAGAUUAAUGAUAAUAAGAGUUCUGGCGGAAGAGUUGAAUUAGAAGUGAAUGAUGUUAAUGAGAAAUUAGCCGAAAAAGCAAACAAAAAUGAGCUUUUAGCUCUGAGUGAUAAAGUCAAGAACCAUGUUCAUUAUAUAAGUUCAGAUGAACAGAUUAUAACGGACUACCAUGGAUAUUUAACACGAAGUGAUGAAGUGAAGACGGAAGAUGUUAAUGAAAGAAGAUAUAAAUACAUUCGUGCUAAAGGUUAUGACAUAAGCUGUACUGUACAGUAUGACACGGGUAAAGCACCAGAAGCAUUUAGUUAUAACAAUGAAAUUUAUGCCUCUACUUUCUCUGUUAAAGGUGUAUUAGUUGAACCAAGAUUUACUUUGAGAGUUAAGUCAAAAAUAACGUUUGAAGAUGCUAUUAAAAGUAAAGCUGACAAAGUUGAACUCGAAGCAAUGAACAAAGUUUUGAAAUCUCAUAAACACAACAUCUCCGAUAUAAAUGAACUUCAAGCUACAUUAAAUAGUAAAGCUGACAAGAACCAUACACAUAAAUCCUUCACUACUGUUAGAGCAGACGACAUAAUAUUGAACUAUACCCUUGGUUCAAGUGCACCUUUAGAAAAUCCAAGUACAAGCGUAAAAGAUACACUAAACUCCUUAAAUAGUAAAUGUAUGAACAUUGAAGGUCAUGCCAGAAACUUUGAAACACAUGAACUACCAGCAAUGUUAGAUAAAAAAGCAGAUAAAGAACAUACACAUAAAUCCUUCACUACUGUUAGAGCAGACGACAUAAUAUUGAACUAUGAUUUGGGUUCAAGUGCACCUUUAGAGAAUCCGAGUACAAGCGUAAAAGAUACUCUUAACAAUUUAGAUAACAGUUGCAGGAAUAUCGAAGAUCAUGUCAGAAACUUUGAAACACAUGAACUACCAGCAAUGUUAGAUAAGAAAGCAGACAAAACAGAGCUUCAAACAUUAAAGACUGAAAUACUUCAAACAUUAUAUCCUAUAGGUUCUAUUUAUACGUCAAUGAACUCAACAAAUCCAGCAACAGUUCUGGGUUUCGGUACGUGGAAGCAGAUUGUAGAUAAAUUCUUAUACUGUGCUAACUCUUCAAAGCAAACAGGGGGUUCGAAGAAAAUUACUGAAGCAAACCUUCCACCGCACACUCAUACAGGAACUACAAACACAACAGGUAAUCAUUCACAUUCAAUAACAAAAAGAGGUUAUAGAAAUCUUGCAGCGGGUUCGGAUAGACAGGGAAUGGAUAGAUCUGAUAUCACAACUGACCCGGUAGAUUCAAACGCAGGUAUUUUCUGUGGAAUCACAGGAAAUCAUUCACACACUUUGACAACAAAUCCAACAGGCUCGG